AUGCAGCGCUCAGCUUUCCUCAUACUGUCGUUUUUGAGCGUCUCUGCCUUUUGUUGGCCCUACGACGAACCACUCGCUAAAUACAAUCUAAACGAAAAUAAAAAUGCGCAGCACCCUAUCGAUUAUUCGGGGGCGUGGCUCGACCAUGAUCCUCACCCAUCGCCAGAUAACUGGCGUCUGCCUACAUAUACAAUCUUUUUGGACCGUAUAGCAAAUGGCGACCCCACAAAUGACGAUAUCAACGGGACCCAAUUUGAGCAUGUGAUCAACUCGAAUCAGAUGCGCCAUGGCGGUGAUUUGGACGGCUUGAUAGAUACCUUGGACUAUAUCGAGGGCAUGGGAUUCAAGGUUAUCUACUUCGCCGGAACUUACUUGAUGAACUUGCCCUGGGCCUACGAUGGGUACUCGCCGGUCGAUACCACUCUCCUCGACAUGCAUUAUGGAACGCUAGAGGACUGGAGGCGGACUAUCGACGAGAUUCACAAACGGAACAUGUAUGUGUUGGUGGACAACACAUUGGCGACAAUGAGCAACCUGAUCGGAUUCAAAGGACACCUGAAUGAUUCAGCCGAUUUCAAGGCAUCAGAAUACCAAGUUCAAUGGGUCACCGACAGAGAAUAUGCCGAUUUCAAAUUUGGUAACGAUUAUAACGAAACUUGCAAUUAUCCCAAGUUCUGGGACGAGACUGGAAUGCCAUUAACGACCGGAGGAGUUGAAAGCUUGAAGGGUUGCUAUAACAGUGACUUCGAUCAAUAUGGAGAACUAGAGGCAUUCGGUAAUUUCCCCGACUGGCAGCGCCAACUGACAAAGUUUGCCUCCGUGCAGGAUCGGCUGCGUGAAUGGCAUAAGCCAGUCCGUGAUAUACUGACUCAACAUUCCUGCAUGCAAAUCGCAAGUCUGGACAUUGAUGGUUUCCGCUUUGAUAAGUCUGUGCAAGCCACCCUCGAGCCACUGAGUGAGAUGCUUGCCGUCUACCGUGACUGCGCGAAGCGUCUUGGCAAGCAUAACUUCUUCCUGCCCGGCGAGAUCACUUCUGGAAACAGCAUGGGCAGUCUUUACCUCGGCCGCGGCCGCCAGCUAGAUCAGCGUCCGGACAAUUCACAGCAAGCUGUCAAGCUUACGAAUCAGUCAGACUCGAUGUUCCUAAGAGAUGAUGGACUGCAAGCUUUGGAUUCCUCCGCAUUUCACUACACCAUCUACCGUUCGAUGACCCGUUUCCUAGGCCUAGACGGUAAUCUAGUUGCUGGCUUUGACUUACCCACCGACUUUAUCGACGCCUGGAAUGAGAUGCUCGUGACGAACGAUUUCCUCAAUGCAUUCACCGGAGAAUUGGAUCCUAGGCACAUGUACGGUGUCUCGAACCAAGAUAACUUCCGCUGGCCGGCUCUUCAGAAUGGCACAGAUAAGUACCUCCUAGGUCUAUUCAUCAUCUCGCUGGAGCUUCCUGGAAUACCCCUCAUCUUAUGGGGAGAGGAGCAGGACAUGUACGUGUUCGACGCUACUGCAGCAAAUUAUAUGUUUGGGCGGCAGCCCAUGACGUAUCAAACUGCCUGGUGGACACAAGGCUGCUUCAACCUGGAAACCGAGAAGUUCUACGAUUUUCCGAUCGAAAAGGGACGCGACGGAUGCAACGAUAUCACUGUCACGUACGACCAACGGAAUCCUGCUCAUCCACUCCGCAACAUCAUGAAGCGCAUGUUCGAGAUUCGAGCCCAUUACCCAGUCGCCCAAGAUGGCUUGUUCCUCGAAACGCUGUCUCAACUUACAGAAGACAUCUACCUUCCUGGUUCUUCUACCACCCCUACAGUCACUGGUCUUUGGUCUGUCUUGCGAAGCUUUUUCCCUGGAGUACAAACAGACACAAUCCAGGCCAACGAAACCCUCUGGCUUGUGUAUCAAAAUGGGAACUCGACCAAGACGUAUGGGGGGAACUGCAAAGUUAUGAAUGGGUCCUUAUUGGCCCCCUUUGAGUCGGGAACAAAAUUGAAGAACCUCUUCUAUCCUUACGAUGAGCUUACUUUGGAAGAUGGCCCGGACAAGUCCGAGAACGUGAACUCCUACGGAUGCGUCCGAAAAAUGAAACUCCUUCCAUGGGAAUACCGAGCCUAUGUCAAGACCGCCGAGUUCGUUAAGCCCGGCCCUACAGUCACCGACUUCUUUCCCGGGCACGAUGCUCGGUUGCUAUCUUCCGCAGAUACGGGUGAAACUAUGCCUGUUCAGCUCGGAUAUUCUACAGAGAUGGACUGUGAAAGCAUCACCAAGGCGGUCUCUCUAAGUUCUAGAACAGAGAAGAAUAUCACCGCCGAGCUUGAUACAUCUAGUGUCAACUGCACGAAAGUUCCUGCUAGAACCUCGAGCAAGAACUAUGUCGGAGAAGUCCCAACCGUUUGGACAUGGUCUGCAAACUUGAAGAACGUCCAUCAUGGAAUCCAUCAACUGACCGUCAAAAAUGUUUCCUCUUCUGGAGUUUACACCAAUUCGACUGACAAGUUCUUGCUACGCCUCGGUUCCCAUGAGAAUCCCCUGAUUUCUCCGCUUGCCAAUUACUCUACCAGCCUAGUCCACAAGUCUGGCGACAACCUUUACCUGCAGCACAGAGCUGCCGGUGCAGAUAUGUUCCGAUACUCCACUGAUUUUGGUCGGAGUUGGAACGACUGGGCGGAGUAUUCAGGUGGUAACACGACUGUUACCAUCCUACCUUGGCGCGGCACCGAUGCUCAGAAGUGGGAGGGAACUCACAUCCGAGUGCAGUACUUCUCAAGGCUCACUGGAAGCAGCGAUUACCUCCAAGAAGGUGAUUAUGCAAGCGACAGAGUCAGAAGAUUCCCUCACAUGUGGUUCAACGGUCCAUACAAUCAAUACGGCUAUGAUUCAGGAUUGGACAGCAAGAUGAAGUACGAUUCCAAAACUUCUCGCUGGAACUACGACUUCGUCUACGAAUGGCCAGCCAUUGGCCAGCUGAAUGUUUGGGGCACAGACAGUGAUGGUACACCUGAUAACACUGAGGUCUACGGUGAUGUCGGCAACUCCUCAUCGGUUCAAAAGCUUCCGCCAUCAUAUCUCGCAUCCAACGUCAUCAACAUCACCAGUCCUCCCCCAUUCCCGCAUCUUGGUUGGAAAAUCUCGCUUAACGAUGGCAAUCUGAGGUAUGAAAUGAUCCCGAUCGGAUCUGGAUGGGCCCAGUUGGUGCUCUAUAUCCUUCUCUGGGUUAUCCCCAUACUUAUGGGCUGUGCUGGUGUCUUCAUUUUCAUCCAAAACUUCUACCGUGUCAAGCUCAACAAGGAUGGCAAUGUCGCCAAAGCAGAAAAAUUCCCUGUAUUACUCUGGGGCAAAGUGAAAGGAAUGUUCGCCAAAGAUGAUGCUGAGGAGAUCCAGAUGGCACAAACCGGUUUGCCUGCAAACAUGGCUCUGGCAGGCGCGAGCACCCAACGGCGUACUGUAUUGAUUGCUACUAUGGAGUACGACAUACAAGAUUGGCAGGUCAAGGUCAAAAUUGGUGGUCUUGGAGUAAUGGCGCAACUCAUGUCCCAGAAUUUGAAACAUCAGAAUCUAAUUUGGGUGGUCCCAUGUGUCGGUGAUAUUGAAUACCCCGAAGACACCCCCGCUGAACCUUUCGUGGUCACAAUUCUCGAUCAUCCCUAUGCGGUCAAGGUGCAAUACCACGUUUUGGACAAUAUCACCUAUGUCCUCCUUGACGCUCCAGUCUUCCGGCACCAAACCAAGGCAGAGCCGUACCCUCCACGUAUGGAUGAUCUGGACAGUGCAAUCUACUAUUCAGCCUGGAACCAGUGUAUCGCUGAGGUAAUGAAGCGAACACCCUCGAUUGACCUCUAUCACAUUAACGACUUCCACGGCUGCUUGGCACCUCUGUACCUGCUUCCUUCGCGAACUAUACCAGUUUGUUUGUCCCUGCACAAUGCCGAGUUCCAAGGACUGUGGGCUCUGAGGACAGCUCAAGAAAAGAAGGAAGUCUGUGCUGUUUUCAACCUUCCAGUUGAAGUAGCGACAAAAUACUGUCAGUUUGGCAAUGUCUUCAACCUCCUACACACCGGUGCUAGCUAUUUGCGAUUCCAUCAACGCGGCUUUGGCGCAGUUGGUGUCUCCGAGAAGUAUGGAAAGCGCUCAUUUGCCCGUUAUCCAAUCUUCUGGAGUCUGGGCAAAAUCGGCAGUCUUCCCAACCCAGAUCCCUCCGACACAGGCGCCUUGAAGAAAAACCCCGAUGUGCAAGUUACGAUUCAGUCUACCGACGAGCUGGCCAACGACAAAAUCCAGGCACAGAGAUGGGCUGGUUUGAAUGAAGAUCCCAACGCUGACUUGCUGGUGUUUGUGGGAAGAUGGUCGAAGCAGAAGGGAGUCGACUUGAUUGCUGAUGUGAUGCCGGCUGUCUUGUCCGCCAGACCCAAUGUUCAACUCAUCUGUAUUGGUCCUAUCAUCGAUCUCUACGGCCGACUGGCUGCUAUCAAGUUGCAGCGCAUCAUGGAAAUGUUCCCAGGCCCCAGAGUUUACGAUCCUCCCCCGUUCGUGUUUUCUGGUGCCGACUUCGCCCUAAUCCCAUCUCGUGACGAGCCCUUCGGACUCAUCGCGGUUGAGUUUGGUCGUAAGGGUGCACUUGGAAUUGGUUCUCGCAUUGGAGGUCUAGGCCAAAUGCCUGGCUGGUGGUACACUGUGGAAUCAGACUCAGCCCGCCAUCUUUUGCAUCAACUGAGAACCGCGAUCAAAUCUGCCCUGGAUUCAACACAAGAGACACGAGAGGAGAUGCGUGCAAACUCUGCUAAGCAGCGAUUCCCUGUUCUCGAGUGGGUUCAGAAGCUCGAAGUUUUGCAACGCACAUCUAUCCAAAUCCAUCACCAAAAGAAUCAACUCACCGUUGCAGGCUCAGCGCGAGAGUCUCAGAUCUUCUGGGAGACGGAGGCCCCCGGCUUGCGGGACUCCUCAAUGAUGAUCCGCCCUGGAUCAUUUCAGUCAGCGACGGGAGGUGCGGAUACGCCACCAAAUAGAGCAUCGCAGCCCGUUCAGCCUUCCCUUCUACAGCUACAGGCAGUGGAAGCCCAAGAAAUGCAAGCAGCCGAAAACAACAGAGGUAGCAUGUUAGCUCGCAACCUGUCACUCGGUCGACGUUCGGGACCAGGACAAGGCAGAAAACGUCUUGUCAAGAAGUCGCAGCGUGAGAGUCAGAUGCUUGAACCGCCUGUCGACGGCGACACCACGGAUGCUGAAGAAGACGGUACGCAGGAGAAAUAUAUAUCCCAAGAAGAGGCUAUGGCGGCUCUCAAUUCACCUCUCCAGGAUCUCGGCACAAACCCUAGGAACAACCAUCACUCCCGGGGCUUGUCUAGCUCGUCGGCCUCAGAGACAUCGAAUUUCCUCUCCAGAGACUCCUCCCCUGUGAGACUAUCUCGUGAUCCUUCUGAUGCUGCUACACCUUUCGUUCACUCCCAAAAUAUUUCUGUGCUCUCCCUGCCUUCUGUUGUUAAUGACCAUAACCAAUCCGAUUUCCAUCUGCAAAAGGUGGAUCCGACCUUUACGGACAGCAUGGGCAACUUCACGCGGCACUUCGAAAAGCUUCUCACCAACCUCAACAAGAAAAACUCGAUCUCAGAUUAUUGCAUUGAGCUUUAUCUGAUGAAGAGUGAGCGGAAGUUCUUCUAUAUGUACAACGAUGCGCAGUUGAAAAAGCAACCCAAAGAACGCCCUUUGACGGGUGCUGGCUUGGAACAGACUGCGGAGACGCAACCAUAUAACCUAGUCACUGAAGGGUCAGAAUCCUCGGAGUCUAACAAUACAGAUGAGAUCGAUCUGUGGCUCGCUCGUCUGGGAUACAAGAGACCCAUUGCCGUCCAGCGCUUUAUGAGAUGGCGUGUCGGCAACUGGCCUGUCUAUGCUCUAUUCUUGGGUCUUGGACAGAUCAUCGCCACAAACUCUGCGCAGAUCACCCUUCUGGCUGGUCAGAUCGGUGAGACGGCGGUUAAGCUCUAUGUUAUCGCGGCAAUCUACUGCGUUUCUUCAAUCGUCUGGUGGUGUCUCUUCUUCCGCUUCCCAUCUGUGAUAGUCCUCACUCUUCCCUGGUUCAUAUAUUCCAUGGCUUUCAUCACCAUUGGCGUUUCUCCCUUUGCACUCUCCGAUCUUGGUCAAGCGUGGGCUCAAAAUGUUGCCGCUGGAAUCUAUGCCGCAGCAUCUUCCAGUGGUUCCUUGUUCUUUGCUCUCAACUUCGGUGACCAAGGAGCCGUCCCUGUGAAGGAUUGGAUGUUCCGCGCAAGUCUCAUUCAGGGUAUCUCACAGCUUUACACUGUUGCCCUGUGGUACUGGAAUGCCAGAGUCACCGCAGUGGAAGUUGGAGGUGUUUCCACGGCUGCGUUGAAUUCCUGGAGACUGUCGGCUGUGGUGAUGCCCAUCGCCGCAGUUUGUUUCAUUAUUGGAGUGCUCCUUGCCCUUGGCUUGCCCAAGUACUAUCGCCAAGCACCUGGAAAGAUCCUCUUCUUCUACACAUCCCUCUUCCGUCGUCGUAUCGUUCUCUGGUUUUUCUUCAUGGUCAUUAUCCAGAAUUGGUUCCUUUCUGCGGCAUUCGGUCGAAACUGGUCAUUCCUCUGGUCUUCCCAACACACCAAGGCAUGGGAAGUUACUCUCCUGGUGAUCCUUUUCUUUGUCUUCCUGUGGGUCGGCGUGAUGCUCCUCUUCCGCUUCUUAUCCAAGGAGCACAGUUGGAUCUUGCCCGUCUUCGGCCUGAGUAUCGGUGCACCCCGAUGGGCCCAAACGUGGUGGGGAACAUCCAAUAUAGGUUAUUAUCUUCCAUGGGCGGGCGGUUUGACUUCCGGCGCUAUCGCAUCCCGAUGUCUCUGGCUCUGGCUUGGCGUUCUCGAUGAGAUUCAGCAAGUCGGUCUGGGAAUGAUUCUCCUACAGACCCUCACGCGAGUACACGUCGUGUUUGUCUUGCUAGCCGCGCAGUCCAUUGGUUCUAUCGCCACAAUUUGUGCUCGUGGAUUUGCACCAAAUAAGGUCGGCCCAGCAGGCAUCUCCCCGAAUGUGGGAUCGUCGCUAGACACACUCGGUAACGCAUGGUUCUGGAUUGGCCUUUUCUUCCAGCUUCUGGCCAGCUUUGGGUUCCUUCUAUUUUAUCGCCGCGAACAGCUCAACCGGCCCUAG